CAACGUCAUGGCGUCACUGUUGUCUGACCGCAAGGUUUGAUGAGGUAAUGCGCAGACGGAAAGCUGGCUGCCCGGCGCAGUAGGAAGUGAUGAGGGGAAGUUUCUGUCUCCUCAAAUUAUCCGCGGAACGGUGGCCGUUUCUCCGUCCGUGCCUUUCGCGAAAAGCCGAACGUUAGUGUCCGUCCGGGGUGACUAUGCCUCUGAAAAGGUCGGGUUGCCCGGCCGUGAUGAUGUCGUGAGAAGGCCCGGCGCCUUUCCUGCCUUUCCUCUCUCCGAGGCCAAGGGAAGCCCGUCGUUGUUUCAGUGCCUUCGCGCAAACCUCUGACUCCUCACCCUGAAUUAAUAUUCAAAAACUCUACAGCCGUCUGCUUUUCAAACUUGCUCUCCCGGAAAACAGGAUGAUGGCUUGAUCACGUUUCAUGUUAUUUAGUUUCGUGUGCUGAUGUCGUAACUGUGUGUGUACAACAAACCGAUAUGCUACAGAGACCAUCUGUAACUGCCACGUUUAUUUCUUUUCUUCUUAAACAGCAUUCCUGAUGCCAAGUUGAAGUGUAUGGAGCAGCAGGAGCAGCGACGGAGUGUCACUGGAAGGGGACUGCUUUAGAGCUGCAGUUGAGAAACAUGGGCCAGUGUGUCACCAAGUGCAGAAACCCCCCUUCAUCUCUGGGCAGUAAAACUGGAGAUAAAGAAUCUGGGAGCAAAUCACAUGUUAAGAAAGCUGCCAGCCCUGGUGAAGAAUUUAGCUCAAUGUGUGCAAAGGCUUCUGGUGAUAUACUUGCCAAUGGAACAAAGAAAACUGAUGUAGUGGAAUCAACCCAGCCCCAACUUGCUCACUCUGGAGACAGUAAAAAAGAAGAAUCAAUUUCAUGUCGUGAGGAGUUCUCGCUUAAGCGAGCUGAAGAAUUGUUUAGCAGGUAUAAAGACGCUCAUGAGGACGCAAUCUUAGAGGAGGGCAUGGAGUGGUUUUGCAAUGACCUUUCUGUGGAUCCUACUGAGUUCAUAGUGUUGUUGUUAGCGUGGAAAUUUCAAGCAGCUACUAUGUGCAAGUUUACCAGGAAAGAAUUUGUCGAGGGAUGCAAAGCAUUAAAUGCAGACAGUAUUGAUGGAAUCCGUGCCAGGUUCCCAAGCCUUAUGAAUGAAGCCAAAGUUGAGGACAAGUUCAAGGAUUUGUAUCGAUUUACGUUUCAGUUUGGGCUGGACUCUGAGGAAGGUCAGCGAUCGUUACGGAGGGAAAUAGCUGUUGCUCUUUGGAAACUGGUGUUCACACAAAACGUACCUUUCAUAUUGGACCAGUGGUUGAGCUUCUUAACUGAAAACCCACCCGGAAUAAAGGGAAUCUCUCGAGAUACGUGGAAUAUGUUCUUAAAUUUUAUUCAGGUGAUAGGUCCCGAUCUUACAAACUACAGCGAAGAUGAAGCCUGGCCAAGCCUGUUUGACACAUUUGUAGAGUGGGAAAUGGAGAGACGAAGAAAAGAAGGGCUGGCUGAAGAAGCAUUACACUUAGUUACAGAGGCUGCAAAUGUGGAAAUGUUAGGACAAAUCGCUACAGACUACCAAGUAACAGAUGAUGAGUAGUGAGCAAUAACAGAAAUGACAGCGUAUGUAGUUUACUGCUCCUCACCACCCUCAAUUGCCUUGUUGCUAAAAGGGCUACAAGAUGCUGUAAUAAUUUAUAGGCACUUUUUAAGCAAUUGGGUAAUACCUUUUUUAAAAUGCUUGUUCACAAAAGUAUGCAGUAAUUCACUAGUUGCCCUAAUAAAAGCAGCAUCCGUUUCAGCCUUUGAAUACUACUAGUGUGAAGUAGUUUGACAUCGUUAUUGCAGAGUUUUGUCUUUGCUUCUAUAAUUGUGGUGUUUUAUGGAAUUCCUUGGUUUAAAAAAAGGCAAAUAGUGCCAGAGCUCAUUUCGACAAAGUGAAUGAGCGAGGUGGGGGGGUGCUGCUGUGUGUGAUGCUGCUCGUAGCAGUGGAAACAGUAUAAAAUGAAAGACAGUAUUAAACAUUUACCAAUUUACUGAUCAAGAAUUGGAGAGGUGUUGUGGCAUUCAAAGUGCAAGACUCCUGCAGUUCUUCAAGCAGCCAUGCAGUUUUUCAGUAUAUCGAGCUGGUAGCUGGGUUAGCACUGUGCUGUUGUAUGUACGCUGUAUACUGCGCAAGGUUUCGGGGUUUGCAGUACAUGUACACAGAUCACGUGUGCGCUCAUCUCUGUAAAGUUUGUUUCCUUGUGUGUGCCUGAUAAACACCUCGUUCUUUCAAAGUCCCCCCAGAUAAAAUCACAGUGAUCUGGAAUCUCUAUCUAAAAAGCAUUGUGUUUCAGCUUGUUAAGUUUACAAUCCAUUGUUACAAUUGAGAUAGUGCGACUGGUUUGCACACAUGAUGAUAUUCACCAAAACCAGUUCACUUUGGGGCACACAAUGUGCAUUUGUGUAGAUUGCACCUGCAGGUACCAUAAAUGCCCCAUUGAUUAUUUUAUGCCUCAAUCAUGAACUCAGUCAUGAGUUCAACGACGUACCUUUCUGAAUAAAAUCUUAUCUGUGGCUGCCUUAGCAUCUCACUGGAGGGAACAUCAUUGCUACCAGGGUAUGUCAAGGUGGCUUGCUCACAAAGCUGAUUGCACUAUUUUCAGUCCUGGCACAGAUUUAACACCGUGUAUUCACGAAGCAAUAGGCAGCAGGGCAUAAAGGAAUGGGAUCAGUCCUGCAAAUACUGUUGCCUUAACUAAAAUCAACUGAAAUGUGAUUUAUUUUUUCUUGAAUUUAUUACUGAACUACAGCUUUUUAUUAAUCUGAGGUUUGGCUUUUUUUCCUCCAGUGUCCAUUGAAGUUUUGUGAAAAUUCAAAAAUGUCCAUUUUACUGUAUUUUUGUUACAAGAGAAAUUUAUAGUUGAGUGACAUGUGGAAGUGUGCUUGUGACCCUACAUGUCCUAUUGCAUUCUGCAACCUUUGGUGUGUUACAUCUGUUGUGUAUCUCUUACUGAUUUUUACAAAUGUAUCAGACGACUGGUUUCUAGCUUAAAACAGGAGAAAAAAAGACUUUUUCUAUUUUAAUUUUGCUCUCCUUCAAAGUUAUUCCAGGACUUUGGACCUUGUCUGACUGUCCUGUUUGGAUAACAAAAUCUUCUGUCCUUGGAUUUUACACAGAAUUGACUACCCUGAAUUUUCUGUAGCAGGAUUACAAAUUUAAUUCUUAAAACUCUGGUAUAUAAUCUGUGCAUUUAGCUUGUGCUACAAUGUAUAUUUUAUAGGAUAAGUUUUGGUGCUUUCACUUCUGGGCUGCAGUUCUGUGGUCUGUGGGGUUGUUGUGAGUCUUGAUGGUUUGUUUAGUUGUGUUGCCAUACUUAAGAUGCUUUCAUUUCUCUUUCUGAAAUUUCCUGUCCCACCCUUACAUCACUUGUAGGUAAUUUACUGAAAUGAACAACGUUUUGCUAAUGGUGUGUUUCUACCAAUACACUGUCUUGUUACCAUCAAUUGUACAUUUUAUGUAUUCAGAUAUUGUAUAAAUAAUGGAUUUAUUUAAAGUUGAAAUGCUUUGUAUGUUUUACGUACUGAUUAUUUUCCAAUUAAAAGAGUCAAUUGCAUUCUUAGCAA